AAAAAAGACAGAAAAUUAAUAUUACGAAGUAGUCAUAGACCUAUAAAUGCCGUCGGGCCUUUGCCGCCAGCUCUUUCGAUCAGUCUCUCCACUCUCCUCUGUGCAGAAGCAAAUGGAUGAAGGUGGCGAAGUGGAGUCAAAAGUAGGGGAGGUAAUGGAAGGAGUGGCUUCAAUGGCAUUGUUACCAUGUGGGUCUAUAUCAGGCCAUUUCAUCAAAGUGAAUGAUUCCACUAACAUUUGCUAUGGUCUUCAUGGAACUGAGUUGGCUUGUGAAAAGGAGUGUAGCAGGGGAGAAGAUUAUCGUCUGAUCAAGCUUGCAAUCAUAGAUUACAAUAAAAAGAAGGAGAAAGUUGUUGUUGUGGAGUGUAGAGGACAUGAUGCUGCUAGGUUGAAUAGCGUCGAUCAUGCUCAUGGUUGGGAGAAGGAUGUCGUAGAUAUGGUUGAUGAACAGCAUGGGAAGGACAAGAUUGUGGUUUCGUUCAACUGUGAGACACUGAAAUCUGACAAAGCAGCAGAAGAUCAUAUCAGCAAGUUUUUGCCCAAACUAGCUGGCCUAGAUGCUGUUGUCAACAUUGGUAAGAUGAGCAUUGCCGGCUUGGACUUCGAAGCAGAGGAAUAAGCAGAAUAUGUAACCUGAUGUGUAAUACUUUUCAUAAAUACAUAUAUCUGUAACAAUAUGUUUCAAUGCAUGUGUUAGACCCUGUGUUUGCCAAUUUUAGUCAUUUUGAUUC